AUGGCGGCGCCGCUGGAGCACGAGAACCAGGUUUUCCUGGAUCUCUUCCACCAAGACGGGCUGGUGAUCUGCGCCCGCGGCCUGGGCAUCGACCGCAUCCUGCUGCGCUUCCUCCGCCUCUACUGCGAGCCGGCCAGCCUGGUGCUAGUGCUCAACACCAGCCCGGCCGAGGAGGAGUAUUUUAUUGAUCAGCUGAGGUCAGAUGGAGUUGUUCAUCUUCCUCGGCGUGUUACCAAUGAAAUUACAAGCAACUGUAGAUAUGAAGUUUACACACAAGGUGGUGUCCUCUUUGCAACAAGUCGAAUUCUUGUGGUGGAUUUCCUGACAGAUAGAAUUCCUUCAGAUCUUAUAACUGGCAUUUUGGUAUACAAAGCACACAGAAUCAUUGAGUCUUGUCAGGAAGCAUUUAUCUUGCGACUCUUUCGCCAGAAGAACAAGAAAGGGUUCAUCAAAGCUUUUACAGACAAUGCCAUUGCCUUUAAUACCGGCUUUUGUCAUGUGGAAAGAGUGAUGAGAAAUCUCUUUGUACGGAAACUUUAUCUUUGGCCAAGGUUUCAUAUAGCAGUGAAUUCAUUUUUAGAGAAACACAAACCUGAAGUGGUGGAAAUACAUGUAUCCAUGACCCCUGCCAUGCUCACAAUCCAGACCUCUAUACUGGACAUCCUGAAUGUGUGUCUGAGAGAACUCAAACGCUAUAACCCAGCUCUUGAAGUAGAAGACUUAUCAUUAGAAAAUGCAAUUGGAAAACCUUUUGACAAGACAAUUCGUCACUAUUUAGAUCCUCUUUGGCACCAACUUGGAGCUAAGACGAAAUCUUUGGUUCAGGAUUUGAAGAUAUUACGUACUUUGCUACAGUAUCUAACUCAGUAUGAUUGUGUCACUUUUCUUAACCUUGUGGAGUCAUUGAGAGCAACUGAAAAAGCAUUUGGUCAGAAUUCAGGGUGGCUAUUUCUUGAUUCGAGUACUUCAAUGUUUGUAAAUGCUCGAGCGAGAGUUUAUCGCAUUUCAGAUGACAAAAUAAGUAAGAAAAGCAAAGUAUCUGAAAAAAUGGAUAUAAAAGAGGAAAAAGAACUGAAAAGGGAACUGGUCUUAGAAAGCAACCCAAAGUGGGAGGCCUUAAGAGAAGUAUUGAAAGAAAUUGAAUCUGAGAACAAUAACAGUGAGGAUCUUGGCGGGCCAGGGCAAGUGCUUAUUUGUGCCAGUGAUGACCGAACUUGUGCACAACUGAGAGAGUAUGUUAUUGCUGGAGCAGAGGCACUUUUAAUGAGGCUCUAUAACAAAACUUUUGGGAAGGAUGAAAGAGCUGGAGAAGCAUGGAUUAAGGAUAGAAAAGCUGUCAAGUCCAAAGGAAAUGCCAGAUCGGACAAAGGACCUCAAGCCAAAAAAGCCAAAGUAGAGGCCUCCUCAAAACAAAACAAAAUCAUGAAGAAACAAGACUUGACUCUAACCCAAAUGAUGGGAAAAACAGAGGAGGAAAACAUAGCGGAGGAGAUGGAGGGCUAUAAGGAAUUAAGCAGCAGCGAAGAAAUCAGUAUAGAGGAAUCCAAACCUGAAGAUUUCCAUCUAAACUUAGCAUCAGAUGCUUAUUAUGGUAUCUUUAAAACCCCCCUAACUAUUAUUCAUCCAUUGCAGGGUUGUAGUGACCCCUAUGCUCUCACUCGGGUAUUGCAUGAAGUGGAACCAAGAUAUGUAGUGCUAUAUGAUGCAGAACUAACUUUUGUUCGGCAGCUGGAAAUCUACAAGGCAAGCAGGCCUGGGAAGCCCUUGAGGGUUUAUUUCCUUAUAUAUGGAGGUUCGACAGAAGAACAGCGCUAUCUCACUGUGCUGAGAAAAGAAAAAGAAGCUUUUGAAAAACUCAUUCGAGAGAAGGCCAGCAUGGUUAUCCCUGAGGAAAGAGAAGGCAGAGAUGAAACAAACUUGGAUCUCGUAAGAGAUUCUACUUCUGCAACUGUUUCUACUGACACACGCAAAGCAGGUGGACAGGAACAGAAGAGCAUUCAACAAACUAUAAUAGUGGAUAUGCGAGAAUUUCGCAGUGAGCUUCCAUCUCUGAUUCAUCGUCGUGGCAUUGACAUUGAACCUGUUACUUUGGAAGUUGGAGAUUACAUUCUCACCCCUGAUAUCUGCAUAGAGCGGAAGAGUAUCAGCGAUUUGAUCGGUUCCUUAAAUAAUGGGAGGCUCUAUUCCCAAUGCAUUUCUAUGUCUCGUUAUUAUAAGCGACCAAUUCUUCUGAUUGAAUUCGACCCUAGCAAAUCUUUCUCUCUCACUUCACGAGGCUCUCUACAUCAAGAGAUUUCCAGUAACGAUAUUACUUCUAAACUCACCCUUCUUACUCUUCAUUUCCCAAGGUUACGUAUUCUGUGGUGUCCGUCUCCCCAUGCCACUGCUGAGUUGUUUGAGGAGUUGAAACAGAACAGGCCACAGCCUGAUGCAGCAAUAGCAAUGGCCAUUACAGCAGAUUCUGAAAUCGUUCCUGAGUCAGACAAGUAUAACCCUGGCCCACAGGACUUCUUAUUAAAAAUACCAGGUGUAAAUGCCAAAAAUUGCCGUGUCUUAAUGAACCACGUUAAGAGCAUUUCAGAGCUGGUAACUCUGUCACAGGACAAACUCUCGGAAAUUCUGGGCAAUGCUGUCAAUGCUAAGCAGCUUUAUGACUUCAUUCACAUAUCCUAUGCAGAGGCCAUUUCUCAAGCGAAAACCAAAAGAUGA